CUCGGCUUUGACCAGUUCCAUGUCUCUGCCAGUAAUUAAAUAAAAGUCGGCAGCUGUUUUUUUACCGAAUAGUUAACUGUAAAUUAAGUGUUUUAGGUUCCAGUCUGUCCGAUUUCAGGAAACGUCUACUGUUGAGCAUUUAGAACUAUAACACGUGAAUGUACCUGACGAGCGAAAGUAUUUACGCAAGCUUUGUCCUGCUAAAUAGGGUUUAGUUGGUGCAAUCGUGCAAGACUAGGUAAAAAUGACAAACCCUUGGAAAACGAAUAAUAGCCUUCAAGUACUGGGGACGGAACCCUUGGGAGCGGGUUCAUUUGGCUCUGUUUGGAAAGCUCAGCAUGUUGAAGAUGAAAACGUUUAUGCCGUGAAACAAAUCAAUGUUGCUAAGGCGCUGAAGCAUUUUUCAACAUUUGAAAAAAUCAAGCGAGAAGUUGAAAAUCAUGGAAAAGUUCAAAGCACCUUUGUCCUCCGGUAUUAUACAUUUUGGUUUGAAUCUGGCGGUAAAAAGGUGCUCGAUCCGCCAUCCUCUCUUCAGACGCAACGCACUGAAUUUGACUCUUCAACCGCAAGCUCAUCCACAGCUUCCAGCUCUGGCUGGGAUGACCUUGAUGACGACAAUAGUCACGAUACCCUAAACCUGUUUAUUCACAUGGAAUUCUGUAAUUACAAACCCUUGACGGAAUUCCUACUUGAGAAUGAAACAUUCGAAAAACGAAGCAAGGAUUUGCCAAGAAUUCUUGAUCAUCUAUCCCGCGGUUUGGAAGCAAUCCAUGCUCAGAACAUAAUUCACAGGGAUUUAAAACCAGCAAACGUCAUCUGUGCAAAAUCCGCUUACACUGGAAAAACUCACUACAAAAUUGCUGAUUUUGGUCUUUCCGUGGUUAAUCAAGGCUAUGGCGAAGACGAAUCAAUAUUUGUGGACGAUUUGCUUGGGGAAUCCAUGCAAGAUUUAAAUUUGCGUGAAAACCCCUCAAUCAAAGGAACAUUAACAUAUCGAAGUCCAGAAAUGUUGGAGGGCGUACAGGAAGGAUAUACGGAAAAAACUGACAUUUUCUCCCUUGGUCUCAUAUUCUUGGAACUAAUCUGCCCCCAACUUUUAAACCGUGCCGUAAAAAUUCGCCUUUUUACAAAUUUACAAACUGGAACUAUUCGAUCACAAGAUAUUCCUGCAGAAUAUUUCAUAUUCUGUGGAUCUUUAUUGCAUAAUCAAAUACAAGUUGUGAAAAGAAUGUUGGAGAGAAGCGCCGGGACUAGGCCGAGUGCUACAGAAAUUUGCACCUUAACUCAGCAGCCGGUACAUUUUUCCAAAAUUCAAGAGCCGCAGAGUCCAAAUAAUUUUACUGGCAGAGAAAAAGCGCUAGAAAAGAUUUCUUCCAUUUUUAGCUACUCAUUUAAAGUCGUAGUAACCAGCGAAUUUCCCGGUAUGGGCAAAACUGCAUUAGUUUCCCACUUUGUGAAGGAAUACCUCAAAAAUCAACCAAACAUAAACUUGGUCUGGAUUAACACAAGGACAACGGCGAGUUCAAGUUUAACCGCUGAAAUUGAAGAACUUGCCCUAGAACUGGAUGUUGCCACCAGAGUUACGAGUCCCGUUCCAGUGGUGCGGGAAUCCGCACAUAUUUUUAACGACAUCUGUAGAAAAAUGAUGGAAACUUACGAUCCAAUUUUUGAAACUAUAUUUAUCAUUGACUCUGUAGCAGAUGAAGAUUGGAUUUUGAGAAUAACGCAUACCAACAAGGUUCCCGCGAUUUACAUAAUCGAUAGUGAAUAUUUCGCCAAGGCGGCUGAAGAUACGAUUGUGAAUAUCGGCCCAUUUUUGGAAGAAGAGUCAAAACGUUGUCUUUCCUUGGCAUGCGUUGGUCGUCAAGAAUAUCUGGAUUUCAGCGCCAUUUGUCGCGUAACUGAAAAUCACCCUGCAGCAAUCUCAAAAAUUUCAAAAAUUUUAAAAUUUCUACAAGAAAAUCUGCAAGAAGAUGAGAAAUCUGAAUGGAUUGGAAAGAUUGCUGAUGAUUUUAUUCGUACUUUGGCUCAAAUUAAACAGCAUGAAGAAUCAUUUGAAUGGAGUGAUUUUGAAUAUUUGCACGCUGCAAGUAUGGCGUUAGCGAUACAUUAUCUUAUUCAAAAUUCCCGCCUCCAUCCAAGUGGCAUCACCACAACUGCCAUCACCAUUUUACAGAUUUUAAAAUGCGUGGAUAAUACUGGAACCAGUUUGAACACCGUGCAAAAAUUAUGUCACGGAAUUAUCCCAAAUUUGAAGCAAGAUGAUUUGGACGCCGCUUUACAACUAUUGCGCCAUCUUGACCUGGUCGUCUUACCUGAAGAUUUUGUUGAAGCCGCGAAAAGUAUAUUCCAGAGUGUUCUUCGUAUUGAUAGGAUUCUUCCAGAUUUUUCUCAGGUUGAAACUUCUAAUGGGAUGAAAAUCCUUCAAGGGCUUGCGAAUUCAACCCGAACCGCUAUUAUGGACUCCCAAUUCUUUUGGUUAAUGACCCCAAACAAGAGUAAACAGGUGGUGGAAGAAUUUGCUGAUUUUGUCGUUUCACUCUGUCAACGGACCAAUAAUACGAGCUUGCAUGAAUUAUCAAAAAUACUACCCAAGAACUUGGAGAAUAUGAUAAACGAACUUUGGAGUUGGAGUAUCAGAUCAUAAAAUUACAUGAUCACGCUGGAGAAUUGGAUUUGGAAUUUGAAACAUAUUCAAAAUUAAAGAUUAAAUGUGACAAAAUUUUUAACGAUUCGAGAGAUGAUUUCCUGCUACAAAUUAACACCCAGUUUGCUUGCCAUCUUGGACGAUGUGGAAAAACUUCCCAAGCCCUGGAAGCCUUUAAAGCGAAUCUUGCCCUUCUGGAGGAAUCUUCCUCAGAAUUGCGGGAUGAUCGUGCAAUCAUGGCUACAAAAAGCUAUAUCGCAUCCCUUUUAGUUGAAUUGGAUCGUUUCCUGGAAGCUGAACAAGUUUACAAUGAAGUUUUGCACUGGCGUGAAAUCAACCUUGGAGAGAAUCAUUUUGUAACAUUGAAUACGAAAGGGGACCUCGCAAAAUUGUUGCUGCUUCAAGAUAAACACGCCCAAGCUAAGGAUAAGUUGGAGGAAGUUAUAGCCCAAAAGUUGGAAGCUUAUGGGCAAGAUAUGGCCGCCAUAGAGGAUAUUUUAAACACCAAGAGAGACCUGGCUGUUUGUUACGUUGGUCUAGGGGAAAGAAAGAAAGCUCGAGUUCUAUUUAGGGACGCAUAUCUAACAUACAAGGCCAGUCUUGGGAUCGAUCAUCACGUGACCCAGAGUGCUAAACAGUUUCUGGACACAUUGAACGCGGCAAAAAGUGAGUGGAAACUUGCGAAAAGAUGAAUUUAUAUAAUAUAUUAAGUACGCUGGAUCAAAAUUCUUGUGAAAGACAUAUGAAUAUAAAAUAUUGUGCUAAUAACAAAGUCCUGACAGUUUAGUAUGUCAGCGUUAACACAUUAACCCUAUUCGAUCAUUAUUAUACACAUUCGGUGGAUGAAGAUUUAUAUUUUUUUUUGUAAUUGGGAAAAGCCGUUAGAUUAUUAUUAUAUAGCGAAAUAGAAAUACUUAUAAGCAUACGUUUAUAUAUAUUAUAUCUCCUUACGUUGCAUAAUAAUGCUUUGUAGUGAAUUAAUAAACAUAUGUACACAUACAUUCUACAUCGUCGCAGGAUAGUAGUAUCUAACAUUCAGGAUAAUAGUUAACAUACGAUGUUUGCAUCGUUUUUGCAGAAUUUAGGGUCAACUGAUACGAACGAUUUACAAUAAGGGUGUUAAUUCAUAAGGGUGUCAUUCAAAUUCAUCAAAAUUAGUUAAAGAAAAAAGCUGCGGUUAAACACCGUAAAAGUCGUAUGCUUAUUAAUUCGAGUUUUAAUUGCAAAAUUUUACAAGUCUUAACUUCGUAACUUACGAGGAAUACGAAGAAUACGAAGCAAUCAUGAAUACCCUUAAUGCAAGUUUGAAUUUAUUACGACACAAAUUGUAUAUCAAGUAUUACUUUAUACGGUGUAUUUUACACAUACAUACAUACCUAGUCGUUUACACUCAAGUGUCAAUGACAUACAGCUUUAUUACCUUUGUAGUUCUCAACUUAGCAAUUUUUGACUAAUUUUACCGAAAAGCCAGAUAAAUUUCAAUUCAAAAACAAUUUUUAGUCUUAAAAAUUUCCUCCUCCUGCGUCAAUGCUACGCUAAAGAAAACAUGACCACUCCUCGAUGGAAUUACGCACAGAUUCCAGGGGCAUUUUGUGGCAUUCGGGGGUCAGAAAUUUUUUCCAAGCCUCCGUACUUCUACGGGGUUUAGAACACACCUUUGCUCCUAACUUUGACCAUUUUUCAUAUUCCGGUGAUUCAAAUCCAGCAAGGAUGAUGACCAUUUCUGAUUGUAGAUAAAGACCGGAAUUUGUUUUUUUAGCUACGCUUGGGUCAUUUUUUGCACUAUAAAUUCGUGUUGAGCCCUGCUGCGAGGUCCUAUCGAUUCCAUUGAAUUGGAUCUCACUUAGGGGAUGUACCACGGACUCAAAAACGUAUUUUAAGAAAUUUAAUUCCCCCACCUCCCCCCAAUUUUCAGCAAAAUGUAGAGAAAUUAGCCCAAUUAGCUCCCACCUGCCAAAAUCAUUAAAAAACCUAGAUAAUGUGACUUUCUGACCCUUUGUCUAUAUUGGGGGAUGUCUCUGACCGAUUUUGCGCAGAUUAGGACAAUUCACUUGUUAAAAUAUUUUUCCGAUGUGAAAAUCUCCUCAUUUGUAAAAAGAAUCCUGCUCACUUUUUUGGAGCGUAACGCUUGAGGUGACGCCUGCAUUUAUUUAAUCUGGUUUUCCUUUGAGGUACGAUCAAGAUGUGGCAAGUACCACAUUUCAAAGCCUUAAGCCUAACCUACAAUUUGAGCACUCAUUGGAUAAUUUUCAUUGACACUGUCAGCAGUGAGCCCGGUUUCCGUUGGAAUUUCGUGAAUUUCUUCGGAUUCCAGGCUUGAGAGGCUUCACGAUGGGUGUGGUCUUUGGAGGUUUUCAAAAAAUUCUUCUUCGACUGUUCUUAGUCGAUUCGGUCCCCAUGAACGUUUUUAUACUCCGUUGGGCUAAAUUAAAGCACACCUUUGACUUUUUCAACACAUGUCAAAUUCACUAUUUUUCUUAGAUUUUUUUUGUGAAAAACUAUCGCCGCCCGCUUCCCUUCAAUUUCCUAUAUAUUUAUCCAGAUGUUCAAAAAUUACAAAGUCCAUAGUGAAUCAUAAUGUAAACAGCAUGACGAAUCUAAUGCACUUAUCAGAUUUUAAUUUUGCGGCGUAGGUUUUUAGCAAUCAGCUAUUGACACUUGAGUGUAUACGACUAGGUACAUAUGUAGGUACAUAAUGUAUAGUUUGCACAGGUAGUAUGGACACAUAUAUAUGUAUAUAUGUGCUUACUUGUUUACUAUUUCCCAGUAAUAUAUAUAUAUACCGAGGACCUAAAUUGUUAAGCUCUCCGUAAUCGCUAACUAAAUGUCAUGUAUUCAUUCUGAACAUUCACCAGUAGAAAUUUAAGUUAUUUACUAAUUUAUCAUAAAUGAACCUUAAUAUAUAUUCAAUAUUAUAUCUUGUGCCUAAAAUACUCAAAGCCGACUUCCUAAUUUAAUAUAUUACUCCAGAAGAUUCUGUGAGCGGAAAGAAUUAGAAAAAUGAUAUUACGAUAUUGAUAUUGAUAUUAUGAGGGAAGAAUCUGGUAUUUUAUGAAAUGAAAUGUAUUUGAAUUCAAUGCUCAACAUACAGAAGAAAAAAAUCAAACAAUUCGUUUAAAAAUUGACCUCAAUUUUCUGAUUAAGAGAGGUAAUCGGUAUACCUUUGUCGUGUUAUUAAAAUUAGAAAACUAACUUUGCUGUAAUAUGGAAAACCAGUUUUUAACUUAAUACCUUAUAUAAUAUUAUAUAAUAAUUUAUAAUAUUAGGUAAUAUUUUAUGCCUUAAAUUGUGGCGAACUGAAAAAUAAUCAUAUUCUAACUACCCAUAGAUAAAAUGUUACCAUUGUUUUUCGGAAAGAGAUUGUACGGAAUAAUUUAUAAGACGUGUCCAGACUUUGAGCUUGAGGAAAGAAAAAUAAAUUUAUAAAAUAAUAGGA